UAUAAGACAUUUUCAUCUACAUAAACAAUCAGCUGCGAGCCAGGAGGAUUGAUAAUAUAAAUGUGAUAUCACACUUUCAUUCCGCUUUACAUCCAGCACCAACGAACUAUGGCUUCUGACACCGUUGCCAACCUCAAUUACAUGGUCGCUCCACCUGACGGCUCUCGGCCUUACAAUAACAUCAACGCAGAUAGCGUCACGGGAAAGCCGAACCGUAACUGGAACGAGGAGCCGCGUGAGAUGGAAAUUCAUAACGUGCGCGGGAAGGAGGAACUUUACAAGCUUGACAAUGCUGGAUUUCAGUAUGGGCGAGAAGCGGCGAAGCAUACUAGCUUCUUGAAUGAUGGUGAGAUUGAGCGCGAAUACUAUCCUGAGAGCAUCGACCUCAUCAAGAGAGCUACGGGAGCAACCAGCGUUGUCAUUUUCGAUCACACUAUUCGUCGCCGUCGCCCAGGCGAGUUAGAUGACAGCCCACAGAAACGUCAACCAGUCCCCCUGGUUCAUGUGGACCAAACGACUGCGUCGGCCAUUGCUCGUGUUCAUAGGCACCUCCCUCCAACAGAAGCUCCUUCCCUCCUUCACAGACGCUUCCAAAUCGUAAACCUCUGGCGUCCUAUAUCACAUGCAGCUGUAGAUUGGCCGCUUGCACUAUGCGAUUUCCGGAGUAUUGAUGUGGAGAAAGACUUAGUACCUGUUGCUCUUAUAUACCCUGACCGCGAGGGUGAGACACUUGGAGUCAAAUACAACGCAAACCACCAGUGGAAAUACAUGAAGGCCAUGACACCGGAAGAGUUUGUUCUUAUCAAAUGCUUUGACUCGAUACAAGAUGGCAGUGUGGCGAGGCUGACCCCUCAUACUGGGUUCCAAGACCCGAACACUCCAGAGGGAACGCCACUUCGAGAAUCCAUCGAGCUGAGAGCUCUGGUAUUCUAUAAUUAGAACACGUAUUAUCAAGUAGAGCUAAUACCUCAUACUACGUUACUUUGGCCAGAGGAGUUUCCCGAUUUGAAGCUUGCAAGGGACCAAGAGCCUACGAAAAGAAA